CUGGCCAGUUCAGCGGGACCGAUCCGCAGGACACCCUUUUUCCUCCCUCCCUCGCUGCUGGCUGCCUUCUGGUGCCCUCCCUCUUCCACUGCUCCUGCCCGUAGCCGAGGGAACUGUCGCCGCCGGGCCGCGCGAGGCGCAACCAUGUCCGAGAUCAAGAAGCAAAGGGUGAACCUCCAUAGGUCUACAAAUGUGGUGUACCAAGCCCAUCACGUUAGCAGAAACAAGAGAGGACAGGUUUUGGGCACAAAAGGUGGAUUUCGUGGCUGCACAGUAUGGCUCACAGGUCUUUCUGGUGCUGGUAAGACAACCAUUGGGUUUGCACUUGAGGAAUAUCUUGUGUCUCAUGGCAUCCCUUGCUACUCACUUGACGGUGACAACAUUCGUCAUGGUCUUAACAAGAAUCUAGGUUUCUCUGCUGAUGACCGAGAAGAAAACAUCCGCCGUAUUGCUGAAGUUGCCAAAUUAUUUGCUGACGCUGGCUUAGUUUGCAUUACUAGUUUCAUUUCUCCUUUUGCAAAGGACCGUGAGAAUGCACGGAAGAUUCAUGAGAUAGCUGGGCUUCCUUUCUUUGAAGUUUUUGUGGAUGCACCUCUCAACAUCUGUGAGAGCAGGGAUGUGAAAGGCCUGUACAAAAAAGCACGAGCUGGAGAAAUCAAAGGAUUCACUGGAAUUGAUUCAGGGUAUGAGAAACCAGAAGUGCCUGAACUUGUGCUGAAAACCAACAUUUUUUCAGUGACUGAAUGCAUUCAGACCAUUGUAGAGCUCUUGCAAGAACAGAGCAUUGUUCCUUCAUCUUCAAUAAAAGAUGUUCUUGAACUGUUUGUGCCUGAAAAUAAAGUAGAACAAACUUGGGCUAAAGCUGGUACUUUGCCUUCUGUAAACAUUACCAAGUUGGAUCUACAGUGGGUUCAAGUCCUAAGUGAAGGUUGGGCCACUCCACUGAAAGGGUUUAUGCGGGAGAAAGAAUAUUUGCAAGUUAUCCAUUUUGGCACCUUGCUCGAUGGAAAGGGUAGAAUUGAUAUAUUCAAGCUUGAUGGUGUUAUUAACCUGAGCAUACCAAUUGUACUUCCAAUAUCUACCGAAGACAAGAAACGUCUGGAAGGAUGCAGUGCAUUCACCCUGGAGUACAACGGGCGGAGGGUGGCAAUCCUUAACAACCCAGAAUUUUUUGAACACAGAAAGGAAGAGCGUUGCGCGCGUGUCUGGGGAACCACUUGCUCAAAGCAUCCCCAUGUAAAAAUGGUGAUGGAAAGUGGAGAUUGGCUUGCUGGUGGUGAUCUCCUGGUACUAGAGAGAAUAAAGUGGAAUGAUGGACUAGACCAAUACCGCUUGACUCCCUUGGAGCUGAGGCAGAAGUUUAUGGAGAUGAAUGCAGAUGCAGUGUUUGCUUUCCAGCUGCGCAAUCCUGUGCACAACGGACAUGCUCUACUGAUGCAGGAUACUAAACGUCGGCUGCUAGAACGGGGCUAUAAGCAUCCAGUGUUGCUCCUACAUCCUCUUGGAGGAUGGACCAAGGAUGAUGAUGUGCCCUUGGACUGGCGCAUGAAGCAGCAUGCUGCAGUGCUAGAAGAACAUGUCUUGGAUCCCAAAUCCACUGUGGUUGCAAUUUUCCCUUCUCCUAUGUUGUAUGCUGGCCCAACGGAGGUCCAGUGGCACUGUAGGUCUCGAAUGAUUGCUGGUGCCAACUUCUACAUUGUGGGUCGAGAUCCAGCAGGUAUGCCUCAUCCAGAGACCAAGAAAGACCUGUAUGAACCCACACAAGGUGGAAAGGUGCUUAGCAUGGCUCCAGGACUGACCUCUGUGGAAAUAAUUCCCUUCCGAGUAGCUGCAUACAACAAAGUACAAAAAGCAAUGGUUUUCUACGAUCCCGACAGAAACAAUGAAUUUGAUUUCAUUUCUGGCACACGCAUGAGAAAGUUGGCUCGUGAAGGUGAAAAUCCCCCUGAUGGAUUCAUGGCACCAAAAGCAUGGAAAGUGUUGACAGAAUACUACACAUCGCUGGGAAAAAAUAAUUAAUUCUGCUGUUUCCGCAAAGUGCCUCUAUUUUAAAUACGAGCUCUGUUCAUUGAUCAAUAUGUUAUGAUGCUUCACCUAGUCUGAAAUUUUUUGGUUGCUGGGCAUUUUCUUUCUGGGCCAAAUAAUGGUUCUGGACCAAUUUUUCCAUUUUUAGUGUGUAAAUAGGCAAUUUCUUCUGAGUUUAAAAGGAAUGCCAUUAAACAUGUUUUUCCUAUAUACAUCAAAAAAUAAGAUCGAAAUAAUAAGAGUUCAAAGCCAUAUUCUUAUAGGGAUCCAAAGCCAGCUUUGUCAACCUUUGCCAAAAACGUUAUUGAAACUAUGCAAUUAUGCAAAUUAUCACAUGCUCUAUUUUUUCUUGAUGCUAUAAAGUGACUGCCUAGAAAAAGCAGGGGCUAAACUAUGACUUUCCCAUUGUGUUUUUUUGGCCUCAACAUGACUUUUCAUUGCCUGUUGUGGUGGAGGGAGGAUUUCAUGAUAUGUCAUUUUUAGAUGAUGAUGAUGAUGAUAAUAAUGAUGAUGAUGAAGAAGAAGAGGAGGAGGAGGAAGAGGAGGAGGAAGUUGUUAGUGUUGGUGUCAUGAAUAAUCAACAUUUCUUAACGAGAAUUCCAUGGCAGUUUUCUCUCCGAAACAGGUCACAAAGCUGUGCUGGUUCUAAGAAACUUCUUUAUAUAUAGCCUUAAUGGUCAACCUGGCCAUGAUGUUUUGUUCCGAAAUGUACUUCCCCAACCUUGACAUCAAGUUGCUUUAUAUCCUUGGCCAAAUUCUUUCAUGUAGGACAUCCACAAGCACUUCUCCCUCAACCUGAUGUUAAUAACGUAACGACAGACUAAAUGAUUGCCCUUUCAGAGCUCCUCUCAGCCCUUCAAGGUAGACCAGACUAGGAAACCAAAGUCAUGUAGGCCAGUGCUACUUUUAUUGUAAAGAUAUAGUAACAGAAUAUUGCAAGUCUGAAUGUGUUUUCCCCCUCCUUCUCUUUAUCUUUGUGAGAACUAGAGAGGGUCUUGUCUGAGACUUUUCUCAGGUUACAUUACUGCCUCAGACUCAUCCCUCUUUUAUCUGACUGUUGUCUUGGUAGCGGCUCUUCCUCCUGUCCCUCAAGGCCAUUCCCUUUCCCCACUACUGCUCCCCAAGUCAGCACCCUGCCACGAUCACCUUAGCUUACCCAAUGGAAGGGCUGACUUUGACCGGAGAAGCUUCCCUGAGAGGCACGGACUCAUUCCUAGCCAUCUUCCAAGGGUGUCCACAGAAAGUGGCAUCAAAAAAGUAAAGAUGGCAGCUACAACCAUGUGAUUGAAGCUCCAUCCUUUUUUACUGAAUCAGUUUAUCCAAUGAUAAAUUGAACUUCUCUAGGUGAGUAAAUCUGGUUGAAGGUGCCUUUAAAGAAAAAAAAUGGCUAAUAACUGGUUUAAAGGAGUGGUUCCUCCUAUAUUUCAGAUUACUAUUUGGCUGUUAAAGAGACCUAGAGAACAUCUGCAUUUCUUUCAAAUGAUUCAUGUACACAAUUGCCCGAUAGCUUAGUAUUUUUUCUGGCAUCCGGUCUUAUCAUCAUCUAAGAGAAGCUCUUAAAUCUGGAAAAAAAUUUCCAGAGGCACCAUAAGGCAACUUCAAUCUUGGAGUAAAUACCCCAGGAAAACCUUUUGCAUUUUGUCUUGAACUGAACAUAAUUCCUGUAUUUUUAACCCAUUUCUUCUUGAUUAGGAGCAAAUAAGCACCAACAUAAUCAUGGCUGAUGAAUCCCAAAUUAUGUGCUUUGUUCCAGAAUUUGCUCAUAAGGGCAAAAAACAUGUUUUAGCUGUAUUUUCCCCCGUAUAUAACUGAUUCAGUUAGAAUUAACUGACACAUUCCUUUUGCAUCUUAAUGCUUCAAACAUGAAUGCUAAAUGUGGUUUAGGAUAGUAUACCCUUCUGAUAUUUCAUUGUGUUUUUUUUAAAGAUAAAAUCUACAAUCAGCUCCUUUUGCUAUUGUGCUGCUAUUUAGUGUGGUGUUCAGUGGCAAGGAGAUAAACCAGAAUAGCCCAUCAUGAAAAUCACUAAGUGGGAAGACAUAAUGCACUUUGCUGCAGCUGCAACACACUGACUUGCCCACCUUACAAGGUUGUUGUAAGGAUAAUCUGUGAGCUUUGUGUAGUUCAAGGACUUUACAUAUGCUAUUUUUCCACCGAGUCUGAGAUGGCCCUGCUUUUGAGCAUACUCCUGGGGCUCUUCUACCACUGGAUGCAAAUUUAGCUGCUGCUAUGAUUGAACAGGAGGAUGCCUCUGAAACCCAUGUCCAAAAUCAAGGGCUAUUUAAAACUCUGUUAGAAUAAAACAACCUGGCCUCUGCUGGGUAUUAUCUACCAAGCAAGUGCAGCCGCUACCUGUAUUUUCACAACUGGGGAAUCGUUGCAUUAAAUGUCUUCAAUGUAUUAUUUAUUUUUCUAAGUUUUAUGACGUACAUCUUCAUUUGGAAACACAAUUCAAGGUGCUGUCUAUACAACUUGGAAUCAGUACAGCAUCAAGCCAAGCAUAUUGAUUAUUAACAGUAGAACUGGAAAGAAUAAAAAUUAUGCAAUUUAAAAUAUAUUAAUUGGAAAUCCACAUGUGCUCUGGAACCUUCAUCUGUCCAUCCAUCCAUCUUUUGUGUAUAAGUAUUCAUACUUUUGGAAUUUCUUCCCACUGCCAUUCCCACAAUAUGGAAAACUGAUUCAGAUCGUGGAUUAUAGGGCUUAGAUUGGAUUGUGGUCAUAAUUUGGGCAUUUAUAUUAGCUACAAAUAUGUCAAGUUUCUUCUGGUCAAUGGUUUUUCACCAUUUUUGUCCAGAAACAAAUUGGAAAAUUGUUUUACUUAUUUUUAUGUAGCAAUUAUGCAACAGUCAUUUUUAUAGUCUAAAAUAUAUAUAUUUGAAAAUGCUUUUUAAAACAUUUCCAGCAUUUAACACUUUUGGAAUCUUUGGGACCAAGAGAAUGAAACGGGUUUCCUUUAUUUUUUUCUCAGUUGAAUGCAGUUGGUAAGCAGUAUACAUCCUGUAAAUUGCAUUGAACAGAAUACAGAUAGCCAGCAUCAUUGGUAGAUCCCACAUUGCUGACUAAUCGAUAUUAGCACAGUGCCUUUUAUAUCCAAGACCUCUGGAAGGGACCUUGAAAGACAUCUUCUUGCCUUUGUAAUCUAAAUGUUUAUAGUGCCAAUAUAUUUUUCCAUGUUUUUAACCUUAUAGAACUAGAGUCCAAAUAAGUCCAAAUAUAUAUGUCAUACUGUGCCUUUACCUCUUUUUACAAAAAUAUGUCCUAUAUUUUAUAACGUAUUUAUUGCAGACUCGAAACCGACAUGUAUGCCUUAACUGUUGCAUCUCUUGAUGAAAAUAUCUUAUCAGUUUGGCCUUCUAUUACUAAAAUUAAUUUUGGUGACAAUAAAUAUUUCACUGUUUAAAUGUU